CAUGCACCACGGCGCCGCCAGCGCCACUGGCCACUGUUCCCGCUUUUCAAAAUGGCGGAUGAUCAGGAGCUGGCAAGGGUCGAAGCUCUGUGCCAGCAGCUCUACGAGGGCGUUGAUUCGGCCGAGCGCGCCCAGGCCGAAUCGCAAUUAUCCGAGUUCUGUUGCGGUGCCUCGGCGGACUGCCUGCAGAGGUGCCGCUUGCUUCUGGAACGGUCGCAGAGCUCCUAUGCUCAGCUCCUGGCCGCCACCACUCUCACCAAGCUGGUGUCCAAGAGUCCCGGUUCUUUGGCGCAGCGUCUCGAGAUACGUAACUACGUGCUGUCCUACCUGUGGCAACGGCCCAAGGGGGCUUCCUACGUGACGCAGGCGCUGGUGCAGCUCUUUGCUCGCAUCACCAAGCUCGGAUGGUUCGACACGGCGGAGGACAAGGAGGACUUUGCGUUCCGCAACGUCCUCCACCAAGUGCAGUCCUUCUUGCAGGGCUCGGUCGAGUAUUGCAUGGUUGGCGUGCAGCUCCUGUCGCAGCUCACCUGCGAAAUCAACCACGUCACAGAGGCGGAAGCGAACCGCAGCCUCACGAAGCAACGCAAGAUCGCCUCCUCCUUCAGAGACACGCAGCUUUAUGACAUUUUCCAGCUGGCGUGCGACCUGCUGCGACGAGCGCUUGAGUCCUGGAAAACACAGCUGAGCAUUGUGGAUGACACGCAGCAGCAGUUAACAAGCCAGCUCCUGAGGCUCGCUCAUCACUGUCUCAGCUUUGACUUCAUAGGAACGAGUCCCGACGAAUCAUCGGACGACCUGUGCACCGUGCAGAUUCCCACGGGGUGGCGGCCGGCAUUUCUCGACUACAACACGCUGCAGCUCUUCUUCGACCUGUUUCACUGUCUUCCAAACUCUCUGAGUCCCCUGGCGCUGUCGUGCCUAGUCCAGAUAGCAUCGGUGCGGCGAUCACUUUUCAACAACGCUGAGCGUGCCAAGUUUCUCGCACAACUGGUGGCCGGGGUGAAACACAUCCUCGAGAACCCGAGCGGCCUGUCGGAACCAAACAGCUACCACGAGUUCUGCCGGCUUCUGGCACGGCUCAAAUCAAACUAUCAACUUGGCGAGCUGGUCAAAGUAGAAUCCUAUCCUGAAACCAUUGCCCUCAUAGCCAAAUUUACGGUCACGAGCCUACAGAUGUGGCAGUUUGCACCAAACAGCGUGCACUACUUGCUGAGUCUCUGGCAACGCAUGGUGGCAUCAGUCCCGUACGUGAAAGCAUCUGAACCCCACCUGUUGGAUGCGUACACCCCUGAGGUGACCCGGGCUUACGUGACGUCCAGGCUAGAGUCGGUACCUCAGGUGGUGCGGGAAGGUCUUGACGACCCCCUGGACGAUAUGGGGAUGGUGCAGCAGCAGUUGGACCAGCUGUCCACCAUAGGUCGUUGCGAGUACGAGAAGACCUGCACGCUCCUGGUCCAACUGUUCGACAGGUCCGCCCAGGCCUACAGGGACGCAGGUGGUGGCAACAGCGGACCCUCCGUCGAGUUGGCCAUACUUGAAGGGCAACUGUCGUGGCUGGUGUACAUAAUAGGGGCAGCAGUGGGGGGCCGGGUGUCCUUCUCGACGGCGGACGACCACGACGCCAUGGACGGAGAGUUGGUCUGUCGAGUGCUCCAGUUAAUGCAGCUGCGAGACGCUCGCCUGCCUGCCGCGUCGGGGGAGAAGCUGGAGCUGGCCCUCCUCAGCUUCUUUGAGCAGUUCCGCAAAAUCUACGUGGGCGACCAGGUGCCCAAGACGUCGAAGGUGUACCGCCGCCUGUCGGAGGUGCUGGGCCUGGCGGAUGACUCGAUGGUGCUCAGUGUCUUUGUGCGCAAGAUCAUCACCAACCUCAAGUAUUGGAGCAGCAGUGAGGCCAUUGUGACGAGAACGCUGCAGCUACUUAGUGACCUUAGUGUGGGGUAUUCUUCGGUGCGCAAGCUGGUCAAGCUGGAAGAAGUCCAGUUCAUGCUCUCAAAUCACACGAGCGAGCAUUUCCCCUUUUUGGGUCAUGGGAACCCCAACCCACCAGGCGUGUCGACUGACGGGACCGGAAGCAGCGCUUCCCACCGAGCACGUGGUGGGGGUGGGAUAGAUAUGCGUUGUCGUUCAACCUUCUACACGUCGCUAGGGCGGCUACUACUUGUCGAUCUGGGUGAAGACGAAGAACGCUUCGCCCAAUUCAUGCGACCACUAACAGCGGCAUUUGAUGCUGUGGGGAACUUGCUGGCCAAUGUGGACUCACCUCUUUUCAAUGCUGAAGAAGCGAAGAAAAUGCUGAUCGGGUUAGCGAGAGAUCUACGUGGUCUAGUCUUCGCCUUCAACACUAAGACGAGCUACAUGAUGCUCUUCGAAUGGAUUUAUCCCACCUACUUCCCGGUGCUCCACCGAGCACUCGAGCUGUGGUACCACGACCCAGCGGUCAGCACACCCGUUCUCAAACUGGUAGCCGAGCUGGUACAAAACCGCUCGCAACGGCUACACUUCGAUGUUUCUUCUCCAAACGGAAUCCUUCUCUUUCGGGAAGCCUCGCGCACACUCGUGCUUUAUGGCACCUGCAUCUUGACAUUAGGCCAAGUACCAAAGGAACAGGUUUAUAAGCUUAAACUAAAAGGCAUCGCGAUCUGCUUCAGCAUGCUGAAAAGUGCACUCUGCGGUGGUUACGUCAAUUUAGGUGUCUUCUCGCUGUACGGAGAUCGUGCUCUGGACGACGCCUUGGGCAUCUUCGUCAAACUCCUGCUGUCUAUCCCUCAGACGGACCUUCUGGACUAUCCCAAACUAAGCCAGGCGUACUACGUGCUGCUUGAGUGUCUAGCUCAGGAUCACAUGCAUUUUCUCAGCCACUUGGAGCCUCAGGUGUUCCUCUACAUUCUUUCCUCUAUCUCUGAAGGCCUCACUGCACUAGACACCAUGGUGUGUACGGGUUGCUGCGCGACGCUGGACCAUAUUGUGAGCUUUCUGUUCCGGCGGUUAGCCAAGGGGGGUGCCAAGGGUCCACCGGAGCCCUGCUUGCGCGUCCUCGAGCUCCACCCGGAGAUCCUGCAGCAGAUGCUGUCCACGAUUCUCAACAUCAUCAUGUUUGAGGACUGCCGGAAUCAGUGGUCGAUGUCUCGCCCUCUGCUAGGCCUAAUCUUGCUCAGUGAGGAGUACUUUGCACAACUGCGGCAGAGCCUCGUGAGCAGCCAGCCCGUCGAAAAGCAAGCAGCAAUGUCCCAGUGGUUCGACGCGCUCAUGGACGGCAUUGAGCGCAACCUGCUCACAAAGAAUCGUGACCGCUUCACGCAAAACUUAUCUGUGUUCCGACGUGAUAUAAAUGAUUCGCUCAAGGGCCCUGCCCUUGACAUGAUGGCCUAAUGCGUUUUGUAAAUAGGCGUGGACUUGUUGCGGUGGCUUGGGCUCCUAGACAGGCGGUAGUGAGUUAUUUAUUUGAAAUAAUACGCCUCUCCCUGUUGUCAGGCCCCAUUUGUUGUGAGCUGACAUCCCAUUCCACUACAAAAGCGCAAUAUUUUUUUACUCAAAAUGUUGUACAUAAAGAAAUAAAUUGAUGUAAAUAUGC